AUGUCAUCCUCAGUAAGUUCCGAAAAAUAUAUCAAUUCAGAAGAUAGCACGACACUUGCACCCGUGCAAGUCGCAGGUGAGGGCGACGAGUUCAUAAUCUUGGGAAACAAGAGAUACUAUCGUCAUGAGCUUAUGACAGCAUUUGGGGGAAGGUUGAUGCCCGAUAGGUACUCCACGUACCCAAAACACCAAUUCGGGAAUGCGGCAGCUUUGGGUCUCGCUUCAUUCGCAUUGACCACUUUCGUUUUGGGAUUGUACCUAGCCGGAGCUCAAGGUAUUACGGAGCCAAACGUUGCGGUUGGAUUGUGCUUCUUCUAUGGUGGAUUUGUCGAAGCAUUUGCUGGAAUCUGGGAGCUUAUUAUAGGUAAUUGCUUCGCCGGCACGGUCUUGGUGAGUUUUGGAAUGGGAUUCUGGCUCAGUUUCGGAGCUAUCAACGUUGAAGCCUUUGGGAUCGCUGCGGCAUAUGGUGAUGACGUCGAGCAGCUUAACAGUAGCAUCGGAUUUUACCUCAUUGGAUGGGGCAUCUUCUGCUUCAUGAUGCUCAUGUGCACCCUCAAGUCCACUUUGAUCUUCAUGUCCUUGUUCUUGACCUUGGACAUCGCAUUUUUCGUUUUGGCUGCUCACUAUCUCACAGGAAGUGCCAGCUGUUUGAAAGCAGGAGGCAUACUCUGUGUUAUACUGGCUUGUUGUGGAUGGUAUUGUGCUUUCGCUGGAGUCGCCAACAAACAAAACUCAUACUUUUUGCCUAACGCCAUUGCGCUCCCUGUCAUUGGCAAAUAA